CCCCGCGGGCCGUUUGCGGAGAUUGUGCAUAAACCACAACCACCUUCCCGUUUCCCCCAAAGCUCCUAUCCAAGAGGCGAAUGGGAUUCGCUGAUCGUAACAUGCCGGCAGCGUUUUCGAAGGGGCUGAAUGUAGCCAUGGCAUACCGACGAGAAUUUUGGGAGUAGCUCAAGGUGACCAUGUGAAAAUCCACCGAAAGAUCGGCUGGGGGGGUUGGAAAGGAGGGGAGGAAAAAAGGAACUUUGUUGUCCAUACCGCAGAUCUCGGGAUGGUAUAAGACACGCACUUGUCCGGGGAUAACCCUGACCACCAGGGAGAUACUCACACCGCAUCACGACAUCCCACCACCACCACUAGUCCGCCACCAUGACAAGACUCUCCCCCGCCCUGAUGCUGCUCGCGGCAGCGGCCCCCUCCACACUCGCCGCGCCCUCCUUUCCCCUCCUCCCCCGCGCGCCAAACCCCCCCGCUGCCCUCCCCCAGCGCGCCACUGCCAACGACCUCCGCUGGCAACCGUCGAUGGACUUCGACACGGACGGCUGCUACAACGUGCCGGCCAUCGACGCGCAGGGCAACAUCGUGCAAGGGCUGCCGUACCAGUUCACGGGCCUGUCGAGCGACUGCCGGGACGCGUCGGACCUGGACAACAACAACGUGUACUCGCGGCAGCGGUGCAACAACGGGUGGUGCGUGUACCUGUACGGGUACUACUUCGAGAAGGACGUGGCGGUGCCCAACUUCCUCAGCACGGGGCACACGCACGACUGGGAGCACGUGGCCGUGUGGGUGAGCGACGCGUCCGGCCGCGCCGAGUACGUCGGCGCCUCCCAGCACGGCGGCUUCGAGAUCAAGGCCGCGGGCGACGUCCGCUGGGACGGCGAGCACCCCAAGAUCGUCUACCACAAGGACGGCGCCAGCACCCACGCCUUCCGCUUCGCCAACGCCGCCGACGACGGCAUCGAGAACCACAGGGGUGUGUGGUUCCGCGGCUCGCUCGUCUCCUACAACGGCUUCCCCUCGGGCGAGAUCAGGGACAAGCUGAUGGCGCACGACUUCGGCUCCGCCACGAUCGGCUUCAAGGAUUCGUCGUUUGCCGGCCACCUCGAAAAGGCGAAGCCGAGUCAGGUCACGUUUGACGUGAACCAGGACGUUGGGUCGCCGGGGAACCCGUGAGGGUUGGAUGAGCGGUUUUGUAAAUAGUCCUACAAUGUCAAUAUACUAUACCCAUUUACGGCAUCUGAUCUUUGAGCCAUCGCAAGACUGAAGACGUCGUUUCGGGUUGACGUGUUGAAGAGGUGAAUUUGUG